AUGGCUGCUUCGGGGGUAGCUACCGCUCGUGAUGCAGACAGCGCCAAGUCUCGGACCGGUUUGGGAGCUGACAUUCUUCACCCCGACAUUCUGCAAGCAGCGAGGACAUUUUACGAGAUGGAAGACAAGCUCGUUCAGGACCGCCGCGAAGAUGAGAAGCGCAGAAGCGAAGAGGAUGCGCAGCUUGUGCGAGCUGCCAUGGAGCGCCGUGCCAAGGAGUCUCGCUCCCCCGUGCAUGAAGACGAGGAGCCCAUUCCAGCGAGAUUAGUGCAAGCAAUGACACAGGCGCAGACACGGGCACUUGAGCUGGAGGAACAACGGGUGCAAAUCGAGAAACAGAAGCAGGAGGAUAACAGCAAGGUCCUCGCAGCGAUGCUGAAGAGCUUGGAAACAAUGACCAAGACAAUCGAUGCGCUUUCCAAGGGGCGUGCACAAUAA